AUGGCAUUUCUGCUACUUGGAUUUCUAGUUGCUCUCUUCCUAGGUGCAGACAACACAGAUGGUUUUGACAGACCUAUCUCCUUCCAACUUAUUAAAAUUGCAUCAUUUUAUAACCAUUCCUGGGUACAGAAUCUGGGCUCAGGUUGGCUGGAUGAGUUGGAGACUCAUCGCUGGGAAAUGAACUCCAGCACCAUCAAAUAUGUGAAGCCUUGGUCCAGAGGCAACUUCAGUAAUAAGCAGUUUGCAGACAUGGAACGUCAUAUCCAUUUGUACUUGGUUACAUCAACUCGAGUAAUUCAGAAGAAUGUCAAUAUGUUCCAGUAUGAGUACCCUUUUGAGAUCCAGGUGUCAAUAGGCUGUGAGCUGCAGUCUGAGGCAACCUCAGUGGGCUUUGCGCGGAAAGCUUAUCAAGGAACUGAUUUGCUGAGCUUGGAGAACAAUUCGUGGUUGCCAUCUCCACAGGGUGGAAGUAGAGCCCAGAACCUCUGCAGAUACUUUGAUCUUAACAAAACUUUCAAAGAAACAAUACAAAAAUUUAUCAGUGACACCUGUCCACAUUUUGUUUUGGGACUACUUGAAGCAGGCAAGGAAGAACUCCAGCGACAGUUGAAGCCUGAAGCCUGGCUGUCCAGUGGCUCCAGUCCUGGUCCUGGUCGUCUGCUGCUGGUCUGCCGUGUGUCUGGCUUCUACCCAAAGCCUGUGCUGGUGAUGUGGAUGCGGGGUAACCAGGAGCAGCCUGGCACUGAACGAAGUGAUGUCCUGCCCAAUGCUGAUGGCACGUGGUAUCUCCGAGUAACCCUGGAGGUGACAGCUGGAGAGGCGGCCGGCUUGUCCUGUCGAGUGCAGCACAGCAGUCUGGGAGACCAGGACAUCAUCCUUCACUGGGAGCAUCAAAAUUCCAUUGUCUUCAUUCUCCUGGCAGUGAUACUGGUCCUGGCUCUUCUGGCUGGUCUUGUGUUUUGGUUAAGAAAGCUCUGGUGA